AUGAAAUCAAAUUUCAGUUUUGACCGUGACGGAACGUCAAAUUCAGAACUUGUAACUCAAGUCGAGGCUGCAAAUGUAUCGCCAAAAGCUGGAAUCGAAGAGAAUUCUCAAGACCUGAGCGAUCCUAAGACGAUACGGACACCUCUAACAACUCUCCCAACGAGACUUCAAUUCCUCGUUUUGAGAUCUAUUUGGCGAAACCUGGAGACCGUUAAUAAACCUCCGAAGGGCGGCAAUACUACGGAAGAAAAAGAUCCUAACAGAGCUCUAGGUAUUCAAGCCUCCAAGAUCCUCACAACUCUCCCAACGAGAUUUCAACUCCUCGUUUUGGUAUUUAUUUUGCGAAACCUGGGAGAGGAAUUGAAUAAAGCAAAGAAUCUGAUCAAGCAGUCUUCGGUUAGUGAGAUGAUCGCGAAGAUUUGGAAAGCGGAUAAGAAAGAGAAGAAGGUUUCGGCUCAGAAGAUAAACGCGAUUUUGGCAUUGGACAUAUUGAGUCGUUUUAAAGGCGAUAACUGGAAGGAAUUCUUGGAGGAGUUGCACCGUGGAGGUGUGAAUCCCCAUGCUCUAGCUGGGUAUUUGAAAGAGAGGUGGAAUAUUCGUAAGAAGGAGGUUGAGAACCGCAUGUCACCGGAAAGCGCUGCGGCAGUGGGUGGUGUGAGAGAUUGA